CAGUGUGUACUGUCAAAAUCUUUGAGGUUAAAACUAUUUUGUCUGUAAAUAAUAAGUUGAUAGUAAAUAAGGACUCUUUAUUGAUUUUGAUCAUCUACCUAUAGACUAAUAUUAUACAUCACAGAUUUUGCUUUUGGCUAAUGUAAAUUAUUAAUCCAUUCAGAUAAGUAUUAUUCAUAAUUUGAAUAUCAAUUUUUAAGUAAAAAUACUUAUUAGAACAGUAACUGCUGCUUGUUAUUGUAAAUAAAUAUUGAUUUUGCAGAAAAGAUAAGCUGGGUACCCAAAAUAAGAAAGGAUGACAGUUCAACAGUAUUGUUUAAGAUGGAACAAUCAUCAACCAAACUUCAUAUCUGUAUUCUCUAGUCUUUUAAACAGUCAGUCCCUUGUAGAUGUUACUUUAGCAGCAGAAGGUAAACAACUACAAGCACAUAAAGUCGUUUUAUCUGCAUGUAGCUCUUAUUUUCAAUCAUUAUUUGCUACAAACCCAUGUAAACAUCCAAUUGUGAUUCUAAAAGAUGUCAAGUUUACUGAUUUAAAAGUAAUGGUGGAUUUUAUGUACCAUGGAGAAGUAAGUGUAUCACAGGAACAAUUACCAUGUAUAUUGAAGACGGCAGAAAUGUUGAAAAUUAAAGGAUUAACAGAAAUACCUAUGGAGAAUCCAGCAGUUAAGUGUCAUAGUCAGCCAGAAAAAACAGAAAUUGGUGCACAAAGUACAGAUAAUUGGAGUUUUGAUGAAAAUAGACCUGUAAGCCCAUCUUCACCUUCAAGUAAAAGGAGAAGAUUAAAAAAGAAUGUUAUAUGUAGUUCAACAAUAACAACAGAAAAUGCAGAAGGUACCCAGAAUGAAAUUUUAUUAAGUACAGCAAAUAAUGUUUUCGAAAGUGUUUUAAAAUCCGAUAACCCUACAAAUUUAGAAGACAAUUCACAAAAAUAUAAUGGUAUUCCUAUUCCAAGUAUGCAACCAUCAACAUCCCAUCAAAGGGACACUGAACAAACAACUCAUCAAAUUAUUACACACAUAACUCCACCUCAAGAUGUAAAUGUGAAUACUUCACAAGUAGAAUGUUCCCCGGUAGAAAUACCCCGUACUUGUACAACUAGUCAAUCAACUACUGGCAUUCAGUGGAAUGUUUUGGAUCAAACUGGCUUCACGCAUUUUUCAUCAAACUCUGCAGCAUUAUCGAAUAAUGUUGGUACACAAUUCACUCCUACCUCCCAUCCAAAUAACAAUAUCUUAAACCGUCCUAAUACCGAUGUGACUGUACAGUAUCAAAAUCUUAAAAGAAAAAGAAGUUUCAAUCCCCAAGGAGAUGAGAACUUUCUCAGGGCAUUAGAAGCUGUCAGAUUUGGCGGGAUAGGAUUUUGCAAAGCGGCUAGGAUGUAUGAAGUGAAUAAUAGAACUUUGUGGUUGGAGUACAAAAAACGGGGAUACCCAAAUUUUAGACUUAGUAUUAAGCAUCGUAAUCAAGUAACAGAUAGUUGUAAGGAGGAAACGGUAGUUCAUAGUGAUAGAGACACAUGUACAGUUAAUCAUCCUAUAGCUAUUAUAAGUGGUGCUGUUUUUGACAAUAAAGAUGUUCCGAACCGUUCCAAAUACUUUGAUGGCAGUGAAAAUGCCGCAGAGACUAUUAAUUUUCAAAAUAUCAAUCUUGAGCAUAUGUAGAGUUUAUAACGUGUAUUUUAUAGAAUCUGUAUAUAUUUUCAACCUUGUGAAGUCCAGCAGCAGUCCACAUCCCAAAAUAUUUUUAGAUAACAAAAUCAGGUUUUUACAGGUGUCAUGUAGGAAGUAAUAAAUUCAUUUAAAGUCAAA